GGGGAAUCCAAAAUGGCGUCACCGUCAAGCUUGCUAUGAAAUCUCUUUGAUUUUAACCGGUAUUUCGAUCUAUGGUAUUCUCACUCCGUGUUGAAAAUAUAUAUUUUACAUUCUCAGUUCAUUAUGACGUCCGUUCACUUUGUCGUGCACCCACUUCCUGGAACAGAAGACCAACUAAAUGACAGAUUGAGAGAGGUGGCAGAGAAGAUCAAUAGACAGGGAUCAACAAGUUCAACUAUUCCAGCAUUGAAAAAUCAAGUGAUCAGAGACAUAGCACUUGGACCUAACCAUGUUGCUUUUUUAUUAGAGGAUGGUCGUGUAUGUAGAGUCAGCUAUGCUAUUAAUAUAGAUAAACUAGACUUAACAAAAGAUGUCAGCAGAAGUUCUAAAGCAAAGACAAGUACAACCGGACGUGUGUUAUGGAGGUCAAGUUCACGCAGUGGGGACAGUCCAUGGUUACUUCUUGGUUCUGAAGGAAGUGGUGGAGUUGGCGCUUCUCUGGGUCGCUGGGGUUCUGGAAGCGGUGCUUGCACGUCACGCACCAAUGUCAGUAGCUCAAGAGCACCAGCACGCAACAGAGGACGUGUGGUACGUGCCGUGCAGACAAGAGGACGAGGUGCACAGGGAGUGAUUGUUGGGUCCCGGCCUGUAGUACCUGCCUCUGUUGUACCUGAGGAGUUGGUAGCUCAAGCACAAAGUGUUUUACAGGGUAAAAGUAGAGCUGCUAUCAUCAGAGAAUUACAAAGGACUAAUUUGGAUGUAAACAUGGCAGUGAAUAAUUUAUUGAAUCGUGAUGAUGAAGAUGGUGAAAAUGACGAUGAAAAUGAUAGUUACAUGUCAGGAGGAGAUGAUCUAAUGUCUUUAUUGGAUGCUGGUAUUCAUAGUGACCAUCCUAGCGUUAUUAUUGAUCCGGAUGCUAUGUUUUCAGAAGAUAUGUUUGUGUAUGGAUCCAGAGGUAGACCAAGUAGCCGGGGUUCCUUGGGACGAUCUGUGCCAAUUCUGCUUUUGUCGACAGAGAGAGAUCGAGAUGGCAGUGACCGGGAACGUGAUCCAGUAUUUCGUGUUCGAGACAGGCGGUGGUUGGAUACAGGAUUGCGAGAUAGUGCAGCAGGUGGAAGCAAAUUACCAACAUCUGAUUUACCACCUUCAGAUGCAAAGAAACCUCAUCAACCAACACCAAAUCCAUUACAGCUUGGGGAAGAUGUUGAGUGGUGGCCAGAUAAGGGUGAAAAUUUACGUUUUACGCAAAUAGCAUCUCUACAUAGUGAGCUUGCUGCAGUGACGGUAGGCGGUCAUCUAUAUCAAUGGAAAUGGAACGAACAAGAAGUCUACAAAAACAAUGAGAACUGUAAUCUGCACCACCCAAAAACUGUUGCUUUAAAUCUUAUGAAUGAGAAAAUAACAUUGAUAUCAUCAUGUAAUGUCAGAGCCACUGUAUGGACCGAAUCUGGCAAGCUUGCUACCUGGGUAGAUGAAUCUUUAUCUCCAAUAGCCUCCAAGUUAGAACAACCAGCUCAGCUAUUCACAGAGUUCCAGUCUGAUAAAGUAGUAGCUUUGUAUAACUGUUCUUUGUAUACGUGUGCUAAGACAGAGUCAGGCACUUUAUAUUGGUGGGGGGUACUACCGUUCACUCAGAGGAAGAAAAUUUUAGAGAAAACUCGUACCAAGUCCAAGAAACCACGAGUCAGUAGCAGUAGUAAAUCAAACAUAGUAGUAGGAACUCAGGUUUGCCUCAUCAGUAAGCCUUUAUUUCAUUCUGGUGCACUGGCUUUCACAGUCGUUGGUGGCAUGCCUAAAGUUGGGGAGCUCCAGGAAUCCGCUUGGAACCUGUCUGAAAUUUGUCGAUUCAAAAUCAGGUUUAAUGAUAAGCCAGAGGAGAAGAAGACUGAAAGUAAACCGGAGAAUAAAAAUGAGAUUAAAACUGAAAUGGGACCACCUCCUUCCCCGGCUUCUACUUGUAGUGAUGUAUCAAUUGUAUCCAGUGCAUCAUCUCUUAGAAGGGGUAGUAAGAGAUCUGCACCGUCACCAAUUAAAGAAGUCAAUGACAAGUCAGAUGAAGAAAACUGGCCAUUGAAAGAUGUGGUUUUUGUUGAAGAUGUGAAAAAUGCACCCGUUGGAAAAGUUCUGAAGGUUGAUGGUGAAUACGCAGCUGUUCGUUUUCCAACCCGAGAUAGUCAAGCUAGCGGCUCUGAAGAUCCAUUAUCGUUAUUACAAGAUUGUAGAUUAUUAAGAUUAGACCAACUACAGGUUGUAAAAUCAGGCACUUCUCCCAAGAUACCAGAGUGUUUCCAGCGUACACCAAAAAAGAUAAUAUUACCAGAGAAUGCCCAUAUCCUAGCUGUAGCUGUUGAUGCAAGGGGUUAUACAUGUGGUUUAAAAGUGGGUUCAAGCCUCAAGCUGGUAGUGUGCGAAGUUGGUUCUGGCAAGAUAGAAAGUGAAAGUUUAUUUCCGACCGAGAUAAAUGGAUUUCUUGGACAGAAUGACAAAAAUGUAUCUCUCCACACAGCUGGUCAGGACACAUGUAGUGUAUUACAAGACGGUAACGGUGCUAUAUAUCCGCUAGCUAAGGAUGCCGUAGGUGGUGUACGUGAUCCAAUAUGGUUAGAUAUGCCACCAGUACAGUGUAUGGGAGUUGGUACUUACCAUAUGAUUAACACCAUUAGUGGAAUACUCAAAAAUAGAGCUGCCAUUAUUGUUAUGGCAUUACAGAUCCAAUCGUUGAUUCCUUUCAUUCUGAAGUGUGAUUACGAGGCUGUUAGGUUAUAUUUACAAACUUUAGAUCAAGAGAUAAAUCCUGCAUCCAAGGAAACCAAAAUACAACAAUUAAUAAAAGAAUGCUCGGAUGGAAAUAGAAAUAAUAAUUCAUCAAAUGUGACACCUGUUACUACAUCUACCACUACUGCAUCUGCUGCAGCCGCUGGUAGUAGUUCUAGUAGUGGUAUUAGUAGUCUUAGUUCAGCUUUGGACCAUGUUAGUAGUCACAUCAGUGCUGUCACUAAUGCCAUGGAUGCAAUAGCUAAUGUAAUAGCUGCUAAUAAUGCCAGUGGUAGUGGGUCAAGUUCAUCUAGAAGUAUAAGUCUGCGCGAGAUGAUGAGAAGAGCAACUGCAGCUGGUAGAUCCGGUGCUAGUGGUAGUAGUGGUCUUGGUAUUGGUCAGGAAGAAAGCAGAGAUCCUGGCUCACAAGAUCCGCCACCUCCCCCAUUACCAACACUUAAUUGGCCACCAGAUCCACCAUUGUACUCUGUACAUGCACUGUGUUGUAAUGAUACAUGUAGUUUUACUUGGACAGGAACUGAGCAUAUCAAUCAAGAUAUCUUUGAAUGCCGUACAUGUGGAUUGAUUGGUACUCUAUGCUGUUGUACUGAAUGUGCUAGAGUAUGUCAUAAAGGACAUGACUGCAAGUUAAAGAAGACAUCCCCUACAGCGUAUUGUGAUUGUUGGGAGAAAUGUGAUUGCAAGGCAUUGAUUGCUGGCAAUCAGACAACACGAUAUGAAUUACUUAAUAAAUUAAUAUCUGAAACUCAUCUUGUGACGUUACCAAACAGCAGGGGAGAAAACAUUCUGCUGUUUUUAGUACAGACAGUUGCUAGACAGAUGGUAGAACAACGACAGUAUCAUCCUACCAGGAAUAGAGGUCCUAGGAAAACAGCUGAUGCAGAACAAGAGAUGCCAGAGCAUAAUUUAGAACCACCACGUUUCUCCAGAAGGGCAUUAGAAAGGGUUUUACAAGACUGGAAGGCUGUGAAAGCUAUGAUCAAUAGCGGUUUCAAAGCAACUGAUACCAGAGUUGCUGGACAGGAAGAGUUUGCUUAUUUACAUCAACAAAGUGGUACAUCUAGAUUGGACUGCUUUACACACUGUAUGAUUGUCAAAUGUAACAUUGAGAUGUUGGACACAUUGCUGACUACUCUUAUUCAUGAGAUUCAAAACACCACUGUAGUUGGUAGGAAGGCAGAAGCUAUUAUUGUUAGUAGGAGAUUUAUACGUUCUGUUGCCAGAGUAUUUGUGGUGCUUAGUAUUGAAAUGACACCAGGCAAGAAAAAAAUUACUAGUAUUUCUCAACCAUUGGUCAGAUGUAAGAGAGUUUUCCAAGCACUUAUCAACUUAGCUGUGGAAGAAUUGUGUGAAAUAGCCGACUCAAUGAUAUUGCCAGUUAGAAUGGGUGUGGCUAGACCCACAGCACCUUUCUCACUAGUCAAUUCUCAUGUAGAUGCUGUUCAUGGAAGCGAAGAAUUAUUUUCUGCCGAGCCUUUACCACUUCGAGAAUCUGGAUCAGUGCAGGUGACACGUAGCAACCGUCACUACCUACCACAUUCAGCUGCUGGUCCUUCACAGAAUAGACAUAGUGUUAAUGUGGUUGAUAGGAGAGACAGAGAUGAAGAUGAUAUAGUGUCUGCUGAUGUUGAAGAGGUUGAAGUAGUUGAGGGAGUUGUUGGUGAAAUGGAACAACAUGAUGAGGGUGACCAUGACAACCAAGAUGAUCAUGAUCGUCAUAGUGAUGGCCAGGGUGAUGACCAAGAUCGUGAAAGUCACCAUGAUGAACAGGAACAUGAAGAAGGUGGCAAUGACAGUGACAUGGACUUAGAUUUAUUAGCAGAGAGUGAAAGUGACAGCGAAAGUAACCAUAGCAAUCAAGAUCAUGACCAAGAUCAUGAUAACGUUAGUCAAGAUAAUGCCAGUGGUCGUCGUAGUGCUGUUACUGCGGCAACUGCAGGAUCCGAAGCAGGUGCAGGAUCUGUGACAGCGUUCUUUUCAGAAGAAGAUUCCUCUUCAAACCAAGGAGAGAGUGAGUUAGAGGAAAUGGAUGAAGACGAUGAUAAUGAUGAAACUGAGUUCAUUGAUGAACAGCUGGAGCGCCCUAGCAACAUUAGCCAUGGUAACAGAACCACUCAAGCUCCUCAUUCGCUUCAGUGGGCGAUGAGAAAUUCUCGAGCUCCAAAUCCAACAACGACCACAGCCACAACCAGUACUGGUUUAAUUUACAUUGACCCAUCAACUUUACGUCGCAGUGCACCUGGUGUACCCAGUGGUGCUGCUGCCACACCUGAUCACCAAGGCAAUGCCAUGUCUACAACUGCCAGUCAGUUAGCCCGUGCAUAUGCUAUAGUUGUUCGUCAAGUGUCAGAUCUUCUGGCUGUACUGCCAGAUUACCCAGCUGUUGCUCCAUUGCCACUCUCACUGGAUAUCUCAUACCAGGCAGCCAUAGAUUUACAGAUGUACAUGGAAUAUCAUUUAAAACCAACCCGUGAUUGGUUAGUUGCCAUUAUGGACAGCACAGAAGCUCAGCUGAGAUUUGGACAAGCGUUAAGUUCAACAACUGAUCCAUCACAUCCAUCCCAUCCAAUGCAUUCGGCUCAUAUGCGCAACUUGCGUGAAAGAGCCCGGGAAAUGGCAUCCUCACAUGAUGAGUUUAAUAUUUUGCGUACCUUAGAGCGACGAGGUCGUCUUGUACCAAGCGUGGAUCCUGCUAACUCGGCACGUCAUGACUUCUUAAGUUACAUCUUAUCCUUGAUGAGAUCGCAUAAUGACGAACACUCUGAUUCAUUACCAAUGAUUGACGUAUCUGCAUUAAAACAUGUUGCGUAUGUUUUAGAUGCGUUAAUCUACUACAUGCGAAGUGGUGGUGAGCAGGAGCCUCCUGAUAGUGCAGAGAACAUCCAUGAUUCCUUAGUCUGGGACCCUGAUGAUGACAACGAGGCUGAUGACCAUGCCGAUGAUGAUGUCAAUCAAUCUGUUGCUAUGGAUACCGACAGCAUUGAUGAUGAUCAUAGUCUACCUUCCACCAAUAGUGGGAGAAAGCAUCCAUUUUUCCAAAGAUCAGACUCCACAACUUUCCUCGGUUGUGCCCCGCCUGAUCCGUUUGAAACUUCACUAGCCGAAUCACUGCCUUUGGCUGAACAGCCGCAUCUUCUGCAACCUAAUGCACGACGAGAGGAAUUGUUUGGUAAUCCGCAUCAGCCAGUUAUUCCCUCAAAAUCUGAUCAAGUUUUUACACCCAUCCAACCCCAGGAUAUCACAGUUGAUCAUAGCUACUUAGAAGUUAUCCCAACUCGCAUGGGUUUAUCUCCGAGACAACCCACUGUACAACCUCCAGUCUUACCAGCUUUUGGACCAGCCGAGCAGAUUGUGCCACCUCUUUCUUUAGAUGCCACGUCAUCUCAGAUUCCAAGUGAUAAUAGCAGUUUAAACUUUGCCAGUGCUUCGACUGUUCAAUUCCAAGCAAGCUUGUUGAAUGGGAGUAACAUAUCGGCUCAUGCAAGCGAUUUGUCUACCCAGAGGCAGUCACAAACGACUGAUGCUGCACAUACUCCCACCUCUGACAACGAUAUUGUAAUGGUGCCUGUCAUACCAGACAGUGCAGGUCCAAUUAAGGAACAGGUGACUCCUAGUCAAAGUGUUUCUGUCAUCCGAUCAACUGGUGCUGCUGAAACGAAAUCCACUCAAGAGCAAGCAGCUGACAAAGACAAAGAGAGUGAUACUCUUAAAAGUGAGAUAUUACAGCCAAUGAGUGAUGUCUCGGCACCCGCCGCCGUUGUAACACCCUCCGUAGCUGAUGAAGCUUUACCACCUGUUUCUGCUGAAGGUCCAGCAUCUAUUGAUGUAACUACAUCUGCAAAUACUAACCAUCCUACAGUUGCUAUGGAUUCUGCUAAUAUACAACCUUUAGGACCUGCUUAUCCAUUUGCCAGGCAAGGCUUAAUGGGACCUCUAGUUCCUCAUGAUGUACUGCUAGGUAGAUGGCGUCUGUGUUUAGAGUUAUUUGGUCGAGUCUUUCUGGAAGAUGUUGGUGCUGAACCUUCAUCCGUACUUAGUGAACUUGGUGGAUUUGAAGUAAAAGAAGCAAGAUUUAGACGAGAGAUGGAAAAAUUAAGAAACAACCAAAACAGAGAUCUCUCCUUAGAUGUUGAAAGAGAGAGAACUGCAUUGAUCCAACAGACACUACGUCAACUAAACUCUCAUUUUGGAAGGAGAAGUGCAGCUAUGCAACCUAUGGCAGUACAUCGUGUCAAGGUGACCUUCAAAGACGAACCUGGGGAAGGCAGUGGUGUGGCAAGAAGCUUUUAUACCGCCAUUGCAGAGGCUUUGAUGUCUCCAGAUAAGCUGCCAAACUUAGAGGAUCUACAGGGAGCUGGCAAAGGAUUGCAGUACAGUCUCAUACAACGUCUUCGAAACAGAGAGAGGGAACGUGAGAGACUUCAACGUCAAGCGGAGCGUCGUGGUCGCCGCCUAAGUCGCGAAUCGCGUCAGUUAUCGUACGAUGCUAGACCUUUCUAUAGUGUACAUAGUUCUGAACGCCCUAGUGAAGAUAGAGACUUUGAGCCAUUAUCGCCACAGAAACAGUCUUUUGGUGAAAGAUUGUUUCCCCGGGUACAAGCACUUCAGCCUUCUCUUGCAAGUAAGAUUACUGGUAUGUUACUAGAACUAUCACCAGCACAACUGUUAUUUUUGUUGGCCAGUGAAGAUUCAUUGAGAGCUAAAGUUGAUGAAGCCGCAGAUAUUAUCCUGUCACAUGGGAGGGAAGUGAAUGCCGACAGUAUCCUAGAUGCAGAUAUAUUUUCGAUUGAUAGAAGUUUAGAUAAACCUGAAAAAACAUUGAAAAAAACAGAACCUCAUCAGUUGGAUGGGGACAGUGAAGAUGACACUGAUGACAAUGUGCCAUUGUUCUAUCAGCCCGGCAAAAGAGGAUUUUAUUCUCCAAUCCCUGGAAAAAACACAUCAGAGAGAUUAAACGUUUUCAGAAAUGUUGGCAGAAUAAUUGGCUUGUGUUUAUUGCAAAAUGAAUUGUGUCCAUUACAAUUGAACAGACAUGUUAUAAAACAAAUAUUAGGUAAAAAGGUUGCUUGGCAUGACUUGGCAUUUUUUGACCCAAUCAUGUAUGAAAGUUUACGCCAAUUGAUAGUUGAUUCUCAGAAAGACGGAACCGAUAGCGUCUUCUCUGCCUUAGACUUAAAUUAUAGUAUAGAACUAAGUAAAGAAGAAGGUGGGUGCACCGUGGAUCUUAUACCAGGAGGAGCUUUUGCACCAGUCAAUGCAACCAAUGUUUUUGAUUACGUCAGAAAGUAUGCUGAAUAUAGGAUGAUGAAAGUUGCAGAGAAAGCUAUUCAGUCUCUGCGUAGUGGAGUAUUUGAUGUGUUACCACGUAAUGCUGUAGAUGGUUUAACUGCUGAGGAUUUCAGACUCUUAUUAAACGGUGUGGGACAAGUAAACCUGCAACAGCUGAUAAGUUAUACUGCAUUCAAUGAUGAGAGUGGUGAUUCAUCUGAGAAAUUACAAAAGUUCAAACGUUGGUUUUGGUCCAUUGUUGAAAAAAUGAACAACCAAGAAAGACAAGAUCUGGUAUAUUUCUGGACAUCAAGUCCCAAUGUACCUGCCAGUGAGGAAGGUUUCCAACCCAUGCCAACAAUCACAGUGAGACCAGCAGAUGAUGACCAUCUACCCACGGCCAAUACUUGCAUUUCUAGACUCUAUAUCCCACUAUACUCAUCUAAGGUGAUACUCAAGACUAAGCUGACCACUGCCAUCAAAACUAAAACAUUUGGGUUUGUUUAAAACGCUGAGACAAUUUGGGUUUGUUUCAGUCAUCAGGAAGAGUGAGCAACAUAUUUAAUGAAGGAUACAAGAGGUCUGUGAAGAAGUGAUGAUUCUUUACAUUUCUAAUUUGAUAUUUUUAUUUCAAGCAACUAUUAUUUUAAAUGCUGUCACCCUCUCCUCCAAGGGAACAUUCUGUGUCAUUUCACAGUGUGUUGGGUUAGGUGGAGGGGGUAAAAUGAAGCAAAAUAGGAGAGAGUAAAAUGAGUUAUGCCGAUAAAAUCAACUAUUGAAAUUGUGUGCAAGCUCACAUUUCAAUCUCUUUGUUGGUUCAUUUAUCAGGUGUGUCACCAAAUUGAAAAAAAAAUAUUCGUGUUGAUUGUCAAUGCACCUUGCUCUCUCUAUCAGGUAUGCAACUGGUGCUUGAUUACAUGGUUUGAAGUAUGUUCUCCGUCAGCCAUGGGUCAAUGUGUACGCAAUUAUUGGAAUUUGUUCAAACCCUCAAAUCUGAUCAGUUUAUACUCUACCCUGCCAUAUUUACAGAUGAGUCAAGUUAAAAUUGUCAACACUGAGCAAAUUAUGCAAGAUUCAAUGAGAUUACAGCCAUGGGAUCUGGGACGAGCAAAGACAGCAUUAUUUAGAUUUUAGAUACUUGGUUUUAACGAUAACUCUUCACAUCUGUUGUAUUUUGUGCAUAUCACUAGUCUAAAAAAAAAACAAGCACUAACCAACAUUGUUCUUUACUGACAUUGAAAACAUCGUUUUGCUCUUUGGUAUUGAUUGUGACAUCGUCGGCCGCAUUUGAUUUUUAUAUAUGCACUUCAGGUCUGUGUGAUAUCUGUAUUCUUCAGCUAGUUAUGCUGAAUUGAUCAUCAGUGAUUUGUUAUUUUUGGCAAUGGCCCAGUAAUUCUUUUAUGAUCCUUUAUAGUGGGAAUUUGUUUAAGAAUUCUCAAUUAUUUAUUCGUUUGAGCUUACUGAUCACAAAAUUAUUUUAAUCUCUUUAUACAGCUUAUGUUACUAUCCCCUUGCUUUUUCUCAACUAAUCUAUGUUUGAGCAUAGUGUACUUAUAGUAUCAUUCCCGAAUUCUCAUUGAAAUGUUUCAUAACAUUCCAAUUAACAGACAGAAAAUCUCUGUAUAUGGUCACAAGUCUUACUAAUUCGAUGUUGUUGAAGGUCCAUUCAUCACCUUACCUCUAUAAAACCAACUCUCAGCAGAACGAUUUUCUUGGUUAUGCUGUGAGUAGCCUUGAAUCUGCAUGCUGUUAUACUUGCUAUAUACCAGUCUCCAUGGUACCUAGUAAUUUUUAGGGCGAGAUGCAGUUGUAGUGAAAUUAGUGAGAUUUUUUUUUACAUUGUUGAUAAGAAAAUUGCAUGAUUGGCCAUAAAAUAUGGGAAGUGCACACACUUAAAUCACAUCAUUUAUAUGCAAGAUUUGUGUUGAUAAACAGCAAUAUGCAUUAAAUACCGUCUGACUCCUCAGAGUCCUUACAUGCAUUCAGGAGUGAUGCAAGGACUACCCCUAUUUAAUUUAACUCAUUUUGUAUGUAAAUUCUACUGUAUCGGGUUGUUUUACCCACCAGAAUUUUUGUACUUGAGGAUUCUGAGAACAAAAUAUGAUAGUUUGUAUCCUUAUAGAUCUUCAUGUCAAAGAGCAAAUUUUGUGGAAAGUAACAAAGUGCAGUGUAGGGUUAAAGCGGGAGGGUCGUCACCUGCGCACACGCGAGAAUUGCGUCCCAAGCGACGAUAACAACACAUGCUAAAAACGCAAAGUUUCAUGGGUAAACACUUGUUUAUAAACAAUGACACGCUAUGGUCAUCUGACGCAUGCACAGGUGACGACUCUCUCGCUUUAAAUAUUGGGUGAGCAGGCUAGUCUACAAAUAAAAGUAUCCAAUUAUCGUUGGCAAAGGGAGAGUGUUGCACCACAGAAAUGAACUUUGAUUGGAAUUUUUUUUUUUAUUCUGAUGUUUUAUUAUGAUGUAUAUUUUCUAAUCUGGUGGCUAUCUGCGAUAUGUUUGUAUUGCUUUUUGAAAAACUGUGGUACUUAGGGUGGCCAGUCAGUAUUUUAUUUAAUUCAAAACUUACUUUGUGGAAUGCAUUAAAAAAGAAGCACAAUAUUGAAUGCCGAAAGAGAAUACUACAUUCACGCCAAGUGUAGUUAACUUGUAUCCUUCAAGAAGCAAAGUACUUUUUUUUUUUCAUACAAAUGUGCAAUUUUUGCCAAGAUAAGCUAUGGCUUGUGCUCUCUUGUAUUCUUUGGAAAUAAAAUACAAUUUGCAAAAACAAAAA